AUGUACUCCUACGCCUGCCUGCCGCCCGGGGAGGGCGUCUGGCCUCGGCUGCAGACCCUCACCUACACCUACCUGCCCGCCCCUCUGUUGCUGCCGCCCAUCCAGACCCACAACUUCUGCAGCCGGCCGGCCCCGCGUGAAUUCCACUGCUUCCAUAGUGCGGGUGCGGCGCUGGCCUCCACGCCGCCCUGGUGGGCCUUCCCGCCGCCGGGUGCCGCGACCCCCGGCUCGUCGUUCCCCGCGGCCCGCGAGCCUGCACCAUUCCAGCCUGCGCCGGACGCCGAGCGCUGGGUGCAGUGGCCCGAGGGCAGCAGCCUGCAGCUGCAGCUGCGGUGGGGACGCGUGGAGCGCACCAGGGGGCCGCCCCUGCCGCUGCCAGAUGCGGUGCGCCGCCAGCUGCGGCGCGUGUACGGCACCUACCCACGCACCGACGUGCGCGUCACCCAGCGCGGCGGCCAGUUCCUGCUGCGGGCCUCGCCGCGCGUGGGCGAGCCCGAAUACCGCGUGGCGCGGCGCGUGAUACGCCGGCCGGCCGGUGGCGGCGAUGGGGACAGCGGGGACAGCCGGGCGGCUCCGGAGGCGGCGCAGCCUAGCCGCCCCAAGAAAAAGCAAGGUCUGCGCUGA